AUUAAAGAAAGAAAGAAAAAUGUGGGAAAAGAAAACUUAUCCUAUCUAUGGAUGAAAUUAUUGUGCAGUGUGUGGAGUGAGUGAUAGACAUGGCAGUUUCAGCUUCUCUAAUUCCGGUAUUAUCCACCACGACGACUUCGCUCGCAUUCGGCACCAGAAAGCCACACGCAUUUCCGUCUCUUGCUUGUCCAUUCAAGGUGGCCACUUGUUCUCUUCAUUACCGCUCUCUCUGUCUCCUUUCACUCCAUGCUCAUGUAUUUCAUGGCUUCAACUUGCAAGGAUUCCUCAAGAAGUUGAACUCCACACCAUGCGGCUACACGGCAACGCUCAGGGUGCAGCUCAGAAGACCCCUCUCGGUGGUGAACAAGGCGGCUUCUGCCCCUGCCCCUGCCCCUGCCCCUGCGGCGGGGGCUUCGAGCGUGCGGUUCAGGCUUGAAAACCUGGGCCCGCAACCGGGUUCGAGGAAGAAGGCGAAGAGAAAGGGAAGAGGCAUAUCGGCGGGGCAAGGCGCAAGCUGUGGUUUUGGGAUGAGGGGUCAGAAGUCACGGUCUGGUCCCGGCGUCAGGAAGGGUUUCGAGGGUGGUCAGAUGCCCCUUUACCGUCGAAUCCCCAAACUUCGAGGAAUUGCUGGCGGUAUGUGUGCUGGGCUACCAAAAUAUGUCCAUGUAAAUCUGAGGGACAUAGAGGAUGCUAGAUUUAAGGAUGGUGAAGAGGUGUCUCUUGAAACUCUAAAGGAGAAGGGUGUGAUUAAUCCAUCAGGAAGAGAAAGGAAACUUCCUUUGAAGAUUUUAGGUGAAGGAGAGCUUAGUAAGAAGUUGACAUUUAAAGCCCGUGCUUUUUCAACAUCCGCAAAGGAGAAACUAGAUAGUGCUGGUUGUUCCCUCACUGUGCUUCCUGGCCGUAAGAAAUGGGUUAAGCCAUCUGUUGCUAAAAACCUUGCGCGUGCUGAAGAAUACUUCGCCAAGAAGCGAGCUGCUGCAGCUGCAUCUGAACCAGCUUCCGCAUGAAGUUGAAACAUUCAUGUGCAUCACAUGUAGAAAUCUUGUAAGGUGAAAAGUAGUUUCAUAGGAACCACCACAUGUUUCACGUACUUUGGUAUCUACAUUUAGUUAUUUUUCAUAGGAACCAUCACAUUUAGUUAUUUUUCUACAUAAAGGCCGUAAUUCUUUGUUCAUUUUGCAUUGUAAUGUAUUGUUAUGCAAAUUCAGUAAUUCAAUGUUGUAUACCUCAUUAAA